UGAGCGGGCGGCGGUAGGUUGGAGCGGCGGUCGGUCGGGGGGAUCGAGGGGCUUUAAACGCGCAGGGAGGAUUCCGCUCUUCCGCAUCAUCAUCAUCAUCACCACCUCCUCCUCCUCCUCUCCCUCUGGUCUCCCUCAGGUCCUCCUGCAGUCUCGCGGGCCGGCCGGAAGUGGCGCACUCUUUGAUGUCGCUGUUUGUUGUUACUUAGUAGCAGCGUGUUGCAGCGCGCGCGCGGGGGGAUGAGACAAUGUAACGCUGACUGCCUCUCUGACGCGUCGCCAGUGUGUGUGUGUGUGUGUGUACUCUCUCUCUCUCUCUCUCUCUCUGUGCACUCUGAUCACCCCCCCUCCCCCCCUCCUCUCCCUCUGAUCCGCUGAUCCGCACCCCGGGGCAGUUGGCGGUGGCAGUAGCAGUGGCAGGAUGGGGCUGCCCGCGCUGGAGUUCAGUGACUGUUACCUGGACAGCCCUCAGUUCAGGGAGAGAUUAAAGUCUCAUGAGCUGGAGCUGGACAACACCAACAAGUUCAUCAAGGAGCUGAUUAAAGACGGGAAGGCGCUGAUCCAGGCCCUGCGGAAUCUGUCUACUGCACAGAGAAAGUUUGCAGAGUCGCUGAACGAGUUCAAGUUCCAGUGCAUCGGGGACGCCGAGACGGACGACGAGAUCUGCAUCGCCAGAUCACUCCAGGAGUUUGCUGGAGUUCUUCAGAACCUGGAGGACGAGCGGACGCGGAUGAUCGAUAAUGCAAGCGACGUUCUGAUCACACCGCUGGAGCGCUUCAGGAAGGAGCAGAUCGGAGCUGCCAAGAAGGCGAAGAAGAAGUAUGACAAGGAGACGGAGAAAUACUGCGCUGUACUGGAGAAGCACCUCAGCUUAUCUGCUAAGAAGAAGGAGGCCCAGCUUCAUGAAGCAGACAAUCAGGUGGAUCACGUGAGGCAGCAUUUCUACGAGGUGUCCCUGGAGUACGUGUUUAAAGUGCAGGAAGUGCAGGAGAGGAAGAUGUUCGAAUUUGUGGAGCCGCUGCUGGCGUUCCUACAGGGCCUCUUCACGUAUUACCACCACGGGUACGAGCUGGCCAAAGACUUCAACCACUUCAAGACCGACCUCACCAUCAGCAUCCAGAAUACUCGGAACCGUUUCGAGAGCACGAGGUCGGAGGUGGAGAGCCUGAUGAGGAAGAUGAAGGAGAACCCGCAUGAGCACAAGAGCGUCAGUUCUCACACCAUGGAGGGCUACCUGUUCAUCCUGGAGAAACGUCCCUUCGUGUCCACCUGGGUGAAGUUCUACUGCACGUACCAGCGACAGUCCAAACGGCUCAUCAUCGUUCUCUUCGACCAGAAAUCCGGAGGCAAAACUGGUGAGGAGGAGAGCUUUGUGCUGAAGUCCUGCACUCGGAGGAAAACAGACUCCAUCGAGAAGAGGUUCUGCUUCGACGUGGAGGUCGUGGAUCGGCCUGGAGUGGUGAUAACCAUGCAGGCUCUAUCAGAGGAGGAUCGGCGCUUGUGGAUGGAGGCCAUGGACGGCAGAGAGCCGGUGUACAACCUCAAUCGGGACUGCCAGAACGAAGCCAUGGCCCAGCUGGACGUGAUCGGCUUCAACGUCAUCAAGAAGUUCAUCUACGCUAUAGAGACGAGAGGUAUCGAUGAGCAGGGCUUGUACAGGAUCGUCGGCGUCAGCUCUAGAGUGCAAAAGCUGCUGAGCCUCGCCAUGGAUCCUAAAACAUGUGCUGAUGUGGAGCUGGAGAGCUCUGAGUGGGAGAUCAAGACCAUCACCAGCGCCAUCAAACACUAUCUCAGGAUGCUCCCAGCCCCACUGAUGACCUACCAGUACCAAAGAAGCUUCAUUAAAGCUGCCAGUGAGUGUCGGACUACUUCACUCCUUUACUUUCUUUUGGUUUUCCUUUUGUUCUAUUUCAUUUCCUUUUCUUUAUUUCUUCUUCAUUUCCUUUAAUUGGCCUUUUCUUUU